CUCCCCACGUUUUACUGCGAGGGGUGACUGCCAGCGCGAGAACAUCGACUAUGCUGAGACAUUUGCCCCAGUUGUUAAGUCGGCAUCGCUCCGGGUCUUCUUUGCUCUCUCCGCACGGUUGUGCCUCAAGAUUUGCCACAUGGAUGUCACCAGCGCCUUCCCAAAUGGGACGCUCAAGGAAACGGUCUACAUUGCGCCAGCCGAAGGGUUUUGAGGAACCGGGAAAGGAGACCUAGGUAUGGAAGCUCAAAAGAGCCUUGUGCGGCCUGAAGCAGGGCGGCCGGGAGUGGUAUCAACGCUGAUGGUUCCACGGUCAUUAUGUUGACGACCUCCUGAUCGGGUAUGAUGAGGACAGACACAUGGCCCGUAUUAAGUCACAACUGGAGGCGCGCUUCAAAAUGGUGGAUGCUGGCCCCGCCUCGUGGGUGGUGGGCAUGCGAGUUACUAAUGAUCCCGUGAAGGGUCACGUUACGCUAGACCAAUCACAAUAUACCUCUCCCAGGUCCUUGAGAAGUUUGGCAUGGUGGGUUGCAAGCCGGCAUCCACACCGCUCCCCGAGAGACUAAGCGCCCGGCACGGAUGAGGAGGUGGCAGCUGUCAAACACUACCCUUAUCUUUCGGCCAUUGACUCUCUCAUGUGCGCCAUGCUGGGCGCCCGCCCUGACAUCGCAUAUGCCGUCAGCAUGCUCUCACAUUUCGCCUCACGCCCAGGAGUUAAGCC